UACAAGUAGAAAACCAGCAUUCCGCUUUUUUCGACAACCAUCACCACCAUCAUUUCUUCCUCUCACUCUCUCACUAGCUUUCUCUCUCUAUACGUAUAUCUUGUAGCUACAUGCAUGGCUGACCAUGCCGCCGGCGACGACUUUCUCGAUCAAAUCCUGGGGUUUCCAUCUGACGCCGGAGCUCUUGUUCCCAGCUUGGCGGGGAACCAGUCGUCAUCAUCGCCGAUGAUGCUGCAGCUCAACUCCGCCGGCGGCGGCGUUGGGUUGAUGAAUGCAUCGGGAAGUGUGAAAAUCUUUCCUGAUCAUGUUGUUAAUGAUACUCGACUCUCUUCCUCCGGUUUCCAAGCUCAGUCAAUGCCGCAUCCACAUGGCAGUGGCCAGAAAAAGAGAGCUAAACGAGGCCAAGCUACAGAUCCACACAGUAUUGCUGAGAGGUUACGCAGGGAGAGAAUUGCAGAAAGAAUUAGGGCACUGCAAGAAUUGGUUCCUGGUGUAAAUAAGACUGACAGAGCUACCAUGCUUGACGAGAUUGUGAAUUACGUUAAGUUCCUAAGGCUUCAAGUGAAGGUGUUGAGCAUGAGUAGACUAGGUGGUGCUAGUGCCGUAGCACCACUCGUGACUGAUAUCCCAAUCUCUUCGAUCGAGGAAGAAGUCGGUGAAGAUCAAAGAAACCAACCACUAUGGGAGAAAUGGUCAAAUGAUGGCACAGAGCGGCAAGUAGCUAAGCUCAUGGAAGAAAAUCUUGGAGCUGCUAUGCAGUUUCUUCAAUCUAAGGCACUGUGCAUUAUGCCUAUUUCUCUUGCUUCAGCAAUCUACCACACACAACCUCCAGACUCCACAGUCCACCCCUCUUGUUAACCCCGAAAGUGAUCAUCAUUCUUAAACCUCAAAUGACAACAUCUCUUUGGGCAUGUAACUAAAACCUCUUAAUACCAACAUUUUAGCAGUUUAGCUACGGUGUUUCAGACACUCUGUCACUUGCAAUCACAGUCAGGUCCCUUUCAAAUCCCUUAAACUUAUUAUUAAGGUAAGGUUGUCAACCCUUUCAAAGCUUCUUUGGAAGGUUCUACUUCUAGUUUCAGUGAUGGGCAGUGUAAUGAACUAAUGACCACCGCACUUUGAUCGUGGAAAGUAGCUCCUAUUUUUCACUUAUUGGAUAAUGGGGUACUGCGGUCCUUCUAAAAGGUCGUAAAUACUUGUGUAAGUGUAUUAUUGUUUGAAACCAAAUGUAGCAAGGAUUAACGGAUUGAAAAAAUAUUGUUGGAGAGGAUACAGACUAUGAACUUAUGCA